AAUAACUGCUCCACCACCACCACUCGCAUAUAUACUUAUAUGCAUAUAACAAACAAAGAAUCCAACAGCAGGCAUAUAUAUAUUCGCGUAUAGACAUACAUACGUAGCUCAAUAAGGACUGCAUGCACGCAAACGCAGCAGCAGCUAAAGUCCUAUUCCGGCAGGAGGGGCAGCACGCACAGGCACAGCUAGCAGCUGUCUGCUAGCGCGCGAGAGAGGAGAGCAGCUUGGAACCGUACGUACGCGGUGCGCCCACCCCACCGGCGGAUGCCAUGACGACGUACAGGGUCUGCUGCUUCCUGCGGCGGUUCCGGGCGGCGUCGAACGAGCCGUCGGAAGCGGUCGGCGACGUGUUCCGGGCGUACGCCGACGGCGGCGGCGGCUUGCUCGGGGAGGAGGCGCUGCGGAGGUUCCUGCGGGAGGUGCAGCGGGAGACCGACGCUGGCGCCGACGCGGCGGCCAAGGAGGUGGUGGCGUUCGCGGCGGAGCACAGGCUGCUCAGCAAGGGCCGCGGCCUCACCGCCGAGGGGUUCCUCCGGUGGCUCUUCAGCGACGCCAACGCCGCCCUCGAUCCGCGCCGAGGGGUAUACCAGGACAUGGGCUUGCCGCUGUCGCACUACUUCAUCUACACGGGCCACAACUCGUACCUGACGGGGAACCAGCUGAGCAGCGGGUGCAGCGAGAGGCCCAUCGUGAAGGCCCUCCACGACGGCGUCCGGGUGAUCGAGCUGGACCUCUGGCCCAACGCCGCCAAGGACGACGUUGAGGUUCUCCACGGCAGGACGUGGACGUCGCCGGUGGAGCUGAUCAGGUGCCUGGAGGCCAUCAAGGAGCACGCCUUCGCGACUUCGCCCUACCCCGUCAUCCUCACCCUGGAAGAUCACCUCAACCGGGACCUCCAAGCCAAAGUGGCCAAGAUGCUGAAGGAAACCUUCGGGGAGAUGCUGUACGUGUCGGAGUCGGAGCACAUGGCGGAGUUCCCUUCCCCGGACGAGCUCAAGGGCAAGAUCGUCAUCUCCACCAAGGCGCCCAAGGAGUGCUUCCAGACUAAGAGCAGCAAGGACGCGGCGGCGACGGAGGAGGAGGAGGGCGUCUGGGGGGAGGAGAUCACCGACGACAAGGCCACCGCGCGUCAGAUGUCGGAGCAGUCCAGCGGCAAGUACACGGCGGAUGAGGAGACCGCCGGCGCCGGCGCAGAGGAUGAGAUGGAGGUGGAGGCGGAGGCGGAGGCCGAGAAGAAGUCGCGGCAGGGGACGGAGGACAACGAGUACCGGCGCCUCAUCGCCAUCCAGCUCACCAGACGGAAGCACGACAUAGAGCAGGACCUCCGGGUGGACCCGGACAAGGUGACGCGCGUCAGCCUCGGGGAGAAGGCGUUCGAGAAGGCCAUCGUCUCCCAUGGCGAUCACGUCGUCAGGUUCACGCAGCGGAACCUACUGCGCAUUUUCCCGCGGUCGACGCGCAUCACUUCGUCCAACUACAACCCGCUGAUGGGGUGGAGGUACGGAGUCCAGAUGGUGGCGGCAAACAUGCAGGGCCACGGGAGGAAGCUGUGGCUGACGCAAGGCAUGUUCCGGGCGAACGGCGGCUGCGGCUACGUGAAGAAACCCGACGCGCUGAUGCGCAGCAAGCCGUUGGACUUCGACCCGAGAGCCGAGCUGCCGGUGAAGACGAGGCUGAGGGUGACGGUGUACAUGGGGGACGGCUGGCGGUUCGACUUCCGGAAGACGCACUUCGACCGGUGCUCGCCGCCGGACUUCUACGCCCGGGUGGGGGUCGCCGGGGUGCCGGCGGACACGAGGAUGGAGCAGACGCGGGUGGCGAUGGACAGCUGGGUCCCGGCGUGGGACCACGAGUUCGGGCCGUUCCCGCUGGCGAUGCCGGAGCUGGCGCUGCUGCGGGUGGAGGUGCACGAGUCGGACAACCACCAGAAGGACGAGUUCGGCGGCCAGACCUGCCUGCCCGUGUGGGAGCUCCGCCCGGGGAUCCGCUCCGUCAGGCUGUCCGACCACAAGGGCCAGCCGCUGCCCUCCGUCAAGCUGCUCAUGCGCUUCGACUUCUUCCCCGCCUCCGACUCCAACUCCACGCAGUGAUCGAUAUAUACUGUGUCUGGCAGCGCGUCAAUGAAUGAAUGAAUAUUCAGAGAAUUCGUUUUGUGCGGUGUUUCUGUUGUUGUAUGUGCUUGUGCAUAUGAAUGACUGAAUGUCUAUGAGUGAGUGUGUGAUUAUCUUCAGUGGUGUUGAUAACUAAGUGAGGUAAUAAAUUAAAGAUUUAUUAUGUUAAUACAAUGGACGCUGAUAAAUAAUUGUAAUUAACACGCGCUUGAUUUCA